AUGGAUAUACCCCUUAUUCUCCUUAACAUUUUCUUCCCUGGAGUUUCCACGAGUCUCAAAUCCAUCAUCGCUAAAUCCGGACUCGAAAGCUUGCCUCAUCUGCAAAUCCUGAUAUACUGCACGGUCCUCUUCUUGGUGACGUCUUGGGCAGUCGGCUAUCUUUUGCAACAAGUGUUUAAGUGGUUCUCAGCAUCGAUUGUAGUGCAUUCACAGGAUGAUAUAUACAAUGCUCUCACGGCCUGGUUGAGUGAACAAAGAAGCUUGAAGCGGUCUCUGUCUUUACAAGCGGUUACCGCUGGCAAUCUUUCCGAAAACUCCAAUCCUCCAAACGUUCUGGACGAAUCCGCAGUCUCCAAGACAUUCAGGAUCGCAACCUCGGCCACGAGAAACGCAUCUAUCGAGUUUGAGCCCUCUGCAGGAAUACAUUGGUUCUUACACGGUGGUAGAAUUUUCCAAUUACUACGUGAAGAGCGUCAGUCUGCUUCAGUAAUAGGUGGAAGCGUUUCGACGCGCGUUGCUGAGACAAUGAAGAUAACCACACUUGGGUUCUCCACGUCACCCAUCAAAGAACUAUUUUUUCUAGCCUUGAAGCGACAGCACGAGCGUGAACUGACACAGACAGUUGUCUUUCGCUCUAUGCAGCUGUAUCCUGGGCGAAGCAUUUGGUCUCGAUUGGGCCUAAGACAGGCGCGACCGAUGGAUACAGUCUACCUGGAUAAGGGCCUGAAGGACAACGUCAUUGCAGAUAUAGCUGAAUUUCUCAAUCCGAACGCCGCAAGCUGGUAUGCAAACCAUGGGAUUCCUUACCGACGGGGAUAUCUUUUCUAUGGGCCGAGCGGUUCGGGGAAAACAAGCUUCGCCACUGCCCUCGCUGGACACUUCGGGCUCGAUAUUUACACCACGUCUCUGAUGGAUGCCAGUCAUACUGAAGACAGCCUUAUCUCAUUAUUUAUGCAGCUCCCACGUUUCUGCAUCGUGUUACUGGAGGACGUCGACUGCGCUGGGAUUACUCGCCCGAUAUCAGAACCUGCUCAGGAGAUCGACGAGUGUGGAACAUUGACUACGAGAGAGCAUUCUGCUUUGAGGACAGGCACUGCUAGAAGCCCGAUUUCUCUGUCCUGUUUGCUGAAUGCCAUUGACGGGGUGUCGGCUUCUGAGGGCCGUGUUCUUGUCCUGACAACCAAUUACCGCGAGAGAUUGGAUGACGCACUCAUUCGGCCAGGUAGGGUGGACUAUCAGGUCCAGUUCAGAUUGGCGUCAAGACCCCAAGCUCGUGAACUAUUCUGGCGUAUAUAUUCUCCUCACCCCUCAGGCAGCGCCCAAAAUAUCAGCAAGUUUCCCCUCACAGUGACGUCGAAUGAUUCGAAAAGAAUUUCCAACUUGUCCGAUGAAUUCGCUGCCUUGGUCCCGGAGAGUCGCUAUGGCCUAGCAGACCUCCAAGGAUUCCUUCUGGCUCGAAAGUCUUCUCCCGAGAAGGCGAUAGCCGAUAUCAAGCUGCGUGGAAUAUUUUGA